CUCUACGCUCUUGAACUCUUGUAGUAAUUAUCUACAUAAGCUUCACAAAAUGCUAACUCAGUAGAGGAAGAAAGACUCAGCUCCGGAAAUUUCAUCGGACUCGAGAAAAAACGCGUUUUCUGAUAAUGCGGUUGCGUUUUCCGAUGAAAUCCGCGGUUCUACCGUCCCUCGUCGUCUUUCUGGUGUUCCUCUCUCAGUUCGCCGUCGGAAUACGGAACAUUCCGGGAAGAAUCCCCGGUUUCGACAUCGGACAGUUCGUGGAAGCUCCGGAGUACCGAAACGGCAAGGAGUGCGCGUCCCAAUCGUCGAACAGAGAGAACUUCGUGUCGUCCUGCGACCCUUCCCUCGUCCACGUGGCGAUGACCCUCGACUCGGAGUACCUCCGCGGCUCGAUCGCAGCCGUCCACUCCGUUCUCCGCCACGCGUCGUGCCCAGAGAACGUCUUCUUCCACUUCAUCGCCGCCGAGUUCGACCCGGCGAGUCCGCGCGUCCUGAGCCGGCUCGUCCGGUCGACGUUCCCGUCGCUGAGCUUCAAAGUCUACAUUUUUAGGGAGGACACGGUGAUCAACCUCAUCUCGUCGUCGAUCAGGCAAGCCCUCGAGAGCCCGCUGAACUACGCGCGGAACUACUUAGGAGACAUCCUCGACCGGUGCGUCGACCGGGUGAUCUACCUCGACUCGGACAUCAUCGUGGUCGACGAUAUCACGAAGCUCUGGAACACGACGUUGACCGGGUCGAGAGUCAUCGGAGCUCCGGAGUAUUGCCACGCUAACUUCACCAAAUACUUCACCUCGAGUUUCUGGUCCGACCCGGGUUUGCCCGGGUCGUUCUCGGGUCGAAAGCCUUGCUAUUUCAACACGGGUGUGAUGGUGAUGGAUCUCGUGAGGUGGAGAGAAGGGGGCUACAGAGGAAAGAUCGAAACUUGGAUGCAGAUACAGAAGAAACGGAGGAUCUACGACUUGGGUUCGCUGCCUCCUUUUCUUUUGGUAUUCGCGGGGGACGUUGAGGCGAUUGAUCAUAGGUGGAACCAGCAUGGUUUGGGAGGAGACAAUGUACGAGGAAGCUGUAGGUCUUUGCAUAAAGGACCGGUGAGUUUGUUGCAUUGGAGUGGGAAAGGGAAGCCGUGGGUUAGGCUUGAUGAGAAGAGACCGUGUCCUUUGGAUCAUCUUUGGGAGCCGUAUGAUUUGUAUGAACAUAAGAUUGAUAGAGCUAAAGAUCAGUCUUUGCUUGGGUUCUCUUCUUUGUCCGAGUUAACUGAAGAUUCAAGCUUUUUGUAAGAGUGUGUGUAAGUCAUUAAGUCAACAUUGUUUUACUUCGUCUUGUAGUUUUUGUUAUCGCAAUACAUUGUUGUUGAGAAACAUAUUGUUGCUAGUUUGUGUACAAAUUUUUAUUAGUGUGAGAUGGAGUUUGUGUAAGCCAUUGAUGAGAACUAGAUUCGUUUUUUGUAAAACUUUGCAUAAGAAAUCUCAAUUUCUCUGUUGAGUUAUAAUAAACCCAUUUGUGAUU